UGGCACCAAGUCGUAAUGCCCACUUGGAGAGCUAGUGCAAAAUCAAUGGGCCUUCUGAGCAGUCACAAUUCUGAGAUCUUAUUGAAUGGGCAGAACAUUUGCAUGCCAUUUAUGUUUUUUUUUUCCCCUCUUUUGUCCCUUCAGUUUAAAAAUGAAAUCUCUAAACGAUUCAAAGCUAAACAGGAACAGUUGGUUCUCAUAUUCGCAGGGAAGAUACUGAAGGAUGGAGAUACACUCAACCAGCAUGGCAUUAAAGACGGUCUCACUGUGCAUCUCGUAAUAAAGACAGCCCAGAGGCUUCAGGACUCCAGCACGCAACCCUCGACAUCAUCCAGUGUCCCCAGCACUGAGGAGACCACCACAAGACCAGAACCCUCCACCGGCAUGGUCACCAGCACGAACAGUGUGCCAAGCACUGUGACCCCAACAGGAACGUCUACCUCCUCCCCAUCUGUAUUAUCUGGUUUCGGUGGUAUUCCGGGACUCGGGAGCCUGGGAAUGGGCUCGGCAAACUUCAUGGAGCUGCAGCAACAGAUGCAGCGGCAGCUGAUGUCGAACCCAGACAUGCUGGCGCAGAUCAUGGAGAACCCUUUUGUACAGAACAUGAUGUCGAAUCCGGACCUGAUGAGACAGAUGAUCAUGGCCAACCCACAGAUGCAGCAGCUGAUGGAGAGGAACCCUGAGAUCAGCCACAUGCUGAACAACCCCGAGCUCAUGAGACAGACGAUGGAACUGGCCCGCAAUCCAGCCAUGAUGCAGGAGAUGAUGAGGAAUCAGGACCGGGCGCUCAGCAACCUCGAGAGCAUCCCCGGUGGCUACAACGCCCUGCGACGCAUGUACACUGACAUUCAGGAGCCCAUGUUCAGCGCAGCCAGAGAACAGUUUGGCGGUAACCCGUUCACAGCAUUGGGUGGAGGUUCCGACAGUAAUGCCCAGCCGUCCCGAACAGAGAACAGGGAACCUUUACCGAAUCCCUGGGUGCCAACCUCACCGGCCUCCCCAGCUACCGGCUCAGGUAGUGAGGGAGGGAACAGCACAAACCAGACGACACAGCCUGUAUCGAACCCCUUCGGUAUCAACGCAGGAACCCUAGGAAAUGGAAUGUUCAACAGCCCGGGGAUGCAGAGCCUAAUGCAGCAGAUCUCUGAGAACCCACAGCUAAUACAGAACAUGCUGUCAGCGCCGUAUAUGAGGAGCAUGAUGCAGUCGCUUUCGCAGAACCCUGACCUCGCCUCACAGGUAAUCUUGAUGAAUAACCCCUUGUUUGCUGGCAACACACAGCUGCAGGAUCAGCUCCGUCUCCAGAUGCCUGUCUUCUUGCAGCAGAUGCAGAACCCUGACGUGCUGUCGGUAAUGGCCAACCCCCGCGCCAUGCAGGCCUUGCUGCAGAUCCAGCAGGGGCUCCAGACGCUGCAGAAUGAAGCACCGGGACUCCUGCCAGGGUUCAGUCCUGCCGCUCCGGGUUCUGUGAGCGGCCUCGGGGGUCUCGGCGGGGGUCUCAGCAGCGGCUCGACGCCCGCCACGACGACGGCAGCUGCACCCACCACGCAGAGCAGCGGGGGCAUCAGCACCAGUCCAGAGAGCCCGGCCUCCGUGGGGCCUGGGGCUGGGGCCAGCAACCCCCAGCAGCAGCUGAUGCAGCAGAUGUUACAGAUGUUAGCGGGGGCUAACACUCAAGUACAAAAUCCUGAAGUGCGGUUUCAGCAGCAACUGGAGCAGCUCAGCGCGAUGGGUUUCAUUAACCGAGAGGCCAAUCUUCAGGCGCUUAUAGCCACCGGAGGUGACAUCAACGCUGCUAUCGAGAGACUCCUGGGCUCACAACCUUCUUAAGCACGGGAGGAAGAGCCCCGCCCCCCCCCCACCCCACACCCCCUCCCCCUCCCCCUCCCCCUCCCCACUGCCUCUGGUGUUCCCACCAUCCUUAUUUUAUUCUGCAGCGGGAGAGCAGGCUCCGCAGGAGGAUAGUAAACUGACAUUUUCGGUCAGUGAUACAAAACACACACAGGAAACAACAAAAACCAACAGCUCGUUCGAAACUCAUCUCCACCCUUUUACAGUACGUAUCGUCCAGUGCUUUAAUUGAAAACAACACUGUUUGUCCUGUUGACUUGUAAAAAAAAAAUAAUAGAAGAAAGAGAGAGACACACACACAA